AUGGACGUGUACGUCGUCGUUUCCAUCUCCGGCGGAGAUGGAAACUCCAAGCUAAAGACUAAAACACCCAUCCAUCACGGCGGCGGCACCAACCCCACUUGGACUUUUCCGAUGAAGUUCGCUGUCGACGAGGCGGCGCUCACGCAAAACCGCCUCAUGCUAGACUUCGACAUCAAGUGCGAGAAGGCCUUAGGCAACAGAGUCAUCGGCGAAGUCCACGUCCCCGUUAAGGAGCUUCUUGAUAUUCCGGCCAAGGCCUGCGCCGCCAAGAAUUUCGUCACCUACCAAGUGAAAAAGCCCGAUGGAAGGCCCAAAGGGAACCUCACCUUCUCCUAUCAUUUCCGACCAACCACCGCCGCGCCGCCGCCGGAUUCCACGAUUGCGUACCCUGUGGUGGAGCCCAUUUCGCCAUAUCAUCUGAUGAUGGCGACGGGAGGCUAUUCGCCUUCUCCGCCGGAGUUUGUGUAUGGGAAACCCAUGGCGGCGGAAUCAACUCCGCCAUAUUCGCCGUCGGCGUUGGGAGUUUAUCCGCAGCCGGUGGCGGUGUCGCAGGAGAUAUGCGGAGGACUAUAUCCACCACCGCCGCCGCCGUCAUCGUACCUUGGUAUGAUCAAACCGAAAGUCUAUCCUCAGCCACUGUCGCCGCCGUGUUUAAAGCCGCAGGGGUAUUUUGGUCAUUCGCCGCCGAUGAUGCAGCUAGCUCCGGAUUGGUGGAUUGCUGAUUGUAGAUAUGAAACGCGAUGCACCGGAUUUUGA